UCAUAGUGAGAGAAAUGACGCCAACUCUUCCAGCCAGCUCUUGUUUGUAGCUCCGUUAGCUUUGUUAAUAAGUUAUUUGAUAAAAAUCGCCAGAUUUAUGCAGCACUGACCGUCCGAGAAAGGAUAUUUGCUGGCGAUUUAAAAAAAAAAAAGAGAGAGAGUUUAAUUAUUUUAGUGUAAUGUGAUACUUUCGAUUAGACGCUUAUCGCGCGCGGGCAUGUGUGAUAAACCGCUUUGGGUUGUACGGACGGAGCUACCUGGCUGCCGUAUGCAGCUGUCAUCGCACCUAGCUCGUUAGCUUAGCCGCAUAGGUGCGCUCAGAACCGUUCCUCCGGCAGUGCAGUCAUCCAGCAGUCUUCGGAGUUCACAGUAUUUCCACUUCUUGACGCUGAUCCACUUCUUAAGACAAGAAUUGUCGCUUUGGAUAACACCUGGUGGGAAUGAAGAAAUUUUUUGACUCACGCCGGGAGCUGGUGAGCUCGGGGCCUGGUCCGGGAGCCGGCGGAGGAGGCGCCGGUUCCAGCGGCGGAGGCAGCUUCAUCGGCGGGGUUUUUACCCUUGGACGACAUCAAGUGACCAUCGAAGAGAUCGUGGCCGAAGGAGGUUUUGCCAUUGUUUUUUUGGUGCGAACAAAUCAGGGUCAGCGGUGUGCUCUAAAGCGGAUGUACGUUAACAAUGAACAUGAUCUACAAAUCUGCAAACUGGAAAUACAGAUUAUGCGUGACCUUGUGGGUCAGAAAAACAUAGUUGGGUAUCUGGAUUCCAGCAUAGCUGCAGUUGGAGCCGGUGACGUGUGGGAGGUCCUAAUCUUAAUGGACUUCUGUCGAGGUGGACAGGUGGUCAACCUGAUGAACCAACGCUUACAGACCGGCUUCACGGAGGCAGAGGUGUUGCAGAUCUUUUGCGAUACGUGUGAGGCUGUUGCUCGUCUGCACCAGUGCAAGACUCCAAUCAUUCAUAGAGACCUCAAGGUGGAAAAUAUUCUUCUGCAUGACCAGGGGCAUUAUGUACUGUGUGACUUUGGAAGUGCUACAAACCAUUUCCAAGACCCACAGACAGAGGGGGUACCUGUCGUUGAGGAGGAGAUCAAAAAGUACACUACCUUAUCAUACCGUGCUCCAGAGAUGGUCAACCUCUAUGGUGGUAAAGUCAUCACAACAAAGGCGGAUAUAUGGGCUAUGGGAUGCCUCCUCUAUAAACUAUGCUACUUCACGCUUCCUUUCGGGGAGAGCCAAGUUGCUAUCUGUGAUGGCAGUUUCACUAUUCCAGACAAUUCACGUUACUCCCAAGAUAUGCACUGUCUCAUCAGAUAUAUACUGGAACCCGACCCCGACAUGAGGCCAGACAUCUAUCAAGUAUCAUACUUUGCCUUUAAAAUGAAUCGGCGAGAGUGUCCGGUUCCAAAUUUACAUAAUUCACCUAUUCCUGCGAAACUUCCCGAGCCUAUCAAAGCCAGUGAAGCAGUGGUCAAAAAAAGUCAAACCAAAGCCAGGAUCACAGACCCCAUUCCUACCACGGAAACCUCAAUAGCACCUCGACAAAGACCUAAGGCUGGCCAGACCCAACCGCAGCCUAUAUCAGGCAUUCUUCCCAUCCAAGCAGGUCUGACCCCACGCAAGAGGCCCAGUGUAUCAGCUGCAGCGCCCCAGUCCAUAGGUGUUGGUAUCAGUGUCCCACCUUCAGCUGCGGGUGCCCUCCAGACUUCUCAACAGGUUCCUGCUCCCACGCAGGCUUCACUGCAGCCAUUGCAGACCACCAACAUUCAGCCUCAAGUCCCGCCGCAACCUCAGCAGCUCCUCAUGAAACAGCAACAACCUUCCGCUUUGUUACAGCUUCAGAAUACCCAGCAGCAACAGCAGCAUGAAUUCCAAGAAAGUCCAGCUCUCCUUCUCACCCCCAUACCCGAGUGUUCCGUCAUUGGGCCAGCUGCUGACCCAGAUGUGACAACUGGAAGGGGGAACAAAAUCGGCUCCCUGACACCCCCAUCGUCACCCAAGCUGACGGCCAAGAGUGGUCAUCGCCGCAUCCUGAGCGACGUCACUCACAGUACCAUCUUCGGGGUCCCCAUCAGCAAGUCCACCCAGCUCCUGCAGGCAGCCGCAGCUGAGGCCAGCCUCAACAAAUCCAAAUCGGCCAGCACGACUCCUUCUGGCUCCCCAUGCUCGUCCCAGCAGACUGUAUAUCACCCAUCUGAUGCUGACACCCAAUCUGCCCUUAUUACAAUCAACACUCAGCCCAGUUGGAACCCCUUUGGUGACGAUAAUUUCUCGAAGCUGACUGCUGAGGAGCUGCUUAACAAAGACUUUGCAAAGCUUGCUGAAACUGCUCCAGAGAAGUCCAGGGGUGACUGUAUCAUUCAUGGGCUCAAUUCAUUUGCUGACAACUUGAUUGAUCAUGGACAGAAGUCUCAUGAAACCUCUCUUCUGCACCCUGACCUUUUAACCCUGACUGAGCCUUUGAGCACAAAUUCUGCAAAGACAGAGAUGUGUGUGGAUUCACUGAUUCCUGGCUUUGAAGCCCCUCAAGUCCAGCGCCACUCGGGCCAGUCAGAGCUCCCCUCUGCCAGCAUGCCAGACUCUUUAACUGGGAAGGACUCUCUGCUGGGCUGCCAUCUUCUAUCUCAUACUUCUCCUCACGGAACGCAGAAUGUUUCUGCUACUUCCUCCUAUCACUCCUCUGCUCCUCUUGGCUCCUGCUCCGCACCCUGUCUGGAGGAGUUGCAUCCUUCUCAGACAUCUGCUGACUCCUCCUCUUUCCUCAUGUCGCAAGGAGAGAAAGGGAAUAAUGACGAGUUUGACCCUAUUCCCGUGCUCAUUUCCAGAACCUCAAGCCAAGAUGUGCAGCUGGACAGGAACGGCUACUCCAUGCUCGGCCAAGAAGGGGGCGACAGCGAAACUGUGGGCGAUUGUGCACCAAACGACGGAUGUGAUGACUCCAGUGAUGAAGACCAGGAGAAAGUAACCUGUCAAGAAGAGCAGAAGAACUUCGGGGGUGCCACCGAGGGUCGUACUUCAGCCCACGACCUAAGCGGCUCCAGACCGCUGCUAUUUGACUCCGAGGAGGACGAAGAGCAGGAAAGCCAACCGACGCCAGCUUCCUGUGUGGUAUCAUCUGCUGUGACCUUCCAUCCACCUGCACCCGCCGCCGUUGCCCAGAAUCAUUCCCUGCUUGAUCCCGGGCCAGCCAGCAUCUUCUCAAAAGCUCCUUUUCGCCUCACGCAGCAAGAACAGGGCGACGUGUUUGCCAACGCGCCAUUUCCAAGCGGCCCGUUGGCAACCCAACAGCGGCUGGAUGUGUUCUCCCAGGCUCCGUUUGCGAAAAGAAAGGAGGCCGCACCACCUCCGUACCCUCACGGGGCAGCUGUGAUACCUGAACAAGGUGCGUUGGGACAGACUGCACCACAUCCGUUCCGUCCGCAAGCGCUAGCCAAAUAUUCCCGCCACUUUGAGGGAACGGUGACCCAGCAGCAUGAGGGCCCUUUUAAAGUGAGCAAUGAAACUGGUGCACACACUGCUGACCCCUUUGUCUGUGCGCCAUUUCACCUCAAAGCCCCCCAGGAAAAGCCCUGAUGACAAGUGCUGCAGCUGGACUGCAGGCCUGCAAUGUACUCUUAAAUGACAUUAUGCAAGUCUUUCACCUUGAAACAACUGGUUCGGGGCUGCUGAUGCAUGUGAUUUCUUGCAUUUCACCAAACGAGUAGAGAAAAGCACAUGCAUGCGAGAAUGCGAACUGCGACCUUUUCCACGUCCCACUCAAGUGUUUCUGUGCCUAAACCUGAGCAGACCUUAGCAUCACCAACACAUCAAAUGCUUAUGUUUGAAAAUGGAGGCUGUUCCCAUUGGCACUAUAACAGCAAGUACCGUACAGUGUAGACUAUUGGGUUAUUAGACCAUAUCGGACCGCUGCCCCUCGGAAAACCAAAAUGUCCAUUUUUGUGACAUGUUUACAUACCUUUUUCCCUCCAAUCACAAGUGUUGUGCAAUUGCCAUUAAUGUCAGCAGAGCUGUUGCUUUAAUCAUCUCAAAUUAGUCCCCACUGACAUUCCUUGACUUCCGUAUCCUGUUCUCAAUCUUGGUACGGCCAUCUAAAAAAAGACAGCAGGGUGGUCAAGCAUGUGUUUUCUUGCCUACCUCACAGUGGCCUCCUUUGUCUUUUUGUCCGGUUGAAUUCAAGCUGAUUAUAUUAGGCUGCAUCUUUUGUCUCUAGUUCUUUAAGUCACUGACCCCGUCGCUGCUGAAAACGUAACAUGCUGUAUGUGGCCAAUCCAUGUCGCGUAAGGACCUUUACAUACUUGUUAGAAAUAGACUCCAUUAUUACCUAAACACUGGACACUAUUCAAUAUACUUGCUUGUUCAAAAUAAACCUACUGCAUUUACUUAAGCACAUUCAACACCAAGUACAAUAUCUGCAAUAUGCAUUGUGCACAACUCCUAUUCACCAUUACCUCUUAUGUCCCCAAGUAUGCAGUGUACAAUUUACAAGUAACUCCUGCAAUUAAUGUGUUUCAUAUGUCAUUGAAAUACUCAAUUAAUAGCAUUUAUUGGUCAGGGAUUGGAAAACUGCGGUAGUAGGAAAAAUCGGUGGCCUAUUAAAAACAGUUGAAUACUGUUUUGUUGUUGCUGUAGUCUGUCAAGUCAUGGAGCGCUUUGGAUUUCAUCAUAGCACUUUUUUGUCAAACCAGUUGAACCCAAAGUUGAAUGAAAAUGUUUGAUCAGUUAUAAAUGUUUUCUUUUCUAUUUGAAUGUAAUGCAACUGGAAAGUGCAUUUUGACAUGUUUGAAGCUGCAGAUUUCAACAGCUGACUUACUGUUUUUGGAGGAAAAAUGCUUGAAAUACAUCACAGCCUGCCUUUGUUGUCCUGAAAAACAUUAAAUUGAAUGUAAAUAA